AUGUCCAUGUUCAAAGCUUCGCUCUUGCCAGUACACCAUCUAGCAUCUCCUGCUUUUCAUCAAAGGCGCAACUCCUUUGCACAAGUUAGCGACCAUUUGAUAAAAACAAGAAAGUUUAGAAUACUAGGCGUGACACUUGGACUAUUCUUAUGUUCUCUAUGGAUAGUGGCAAAUUUCAGUGGCACGGAAUUUAACAUCAACACCUUACGACGUUUUAAGCACAAUGAUGCGGCCAUCGCUGCAGCAAGCGUUAUGGGAGAAGGCGGCGAAGAAGGCAUACAUGGACUAGAGAUUCAAAUUCAUGGACGCAUCUGGUCCACUAGACGUAGAUACGACAUUCACAAGAUAGAUCUCGAUUAUGACGAUGAUUCUGUCAAGGACGCAUCACUUUCAUUUAAUAAAAUAAAAGAUGACGAAGAAGAAAUAAGACGGGCGUUAGUAAGGUUUAUCUACCUGGAUACACUUCCAAUCAUAUUUGUGGAUAGCAGAUCCAUUGGUGGUAGUGAGGAGCUAGCGUUGAUGCAUGGGAGUGGCAGAUUAGAGGAAUUGCUCAUUGAAGCUGGUGUACUCAAUCAUGAGCAAGUGCCGACUUUUCAUACCACCUUAUGA